CAUCUUCGCAGAGAAUCUCUUUCUCGUCCAACACUCGUCAUCGUUCUCUUACGACAUUGGGCACAUCCUGAAUCUCCUCGUGCCUAGACUAACGUAAUGGGUACAUACAGCAGCUCCACCAUUCUGAGCACAUUGUUCGUACUUCUCGGCGCAUCCAGUUUGUUGACUGCGAAUGCUGCUCUGCGUGCUCCAGAUGUGACAAUCUACAUAUUCCGGACCAAUCCUCCCUUACCCAACGCAACAGCGGUGGCAAUUUAUCCACCUGAUCUUCAAUCACCGGUUCCAGUCGGGGUCCCCGUUGUGGCCGUAAGUGACCAGCCAAUCAGACUGACUGCUUCAGAACAAUCACAAAUCGUCGGCAGGCAGAGGGUCAUUCGCGUCACAGGAAUAACGCAAGAGGAUCAAUCGACAACGCAAGCAACCGGAGUCUUGGACCUGAAGACAAACGGGAUGAACGGGACUAUUUCAUUUUCAGGCAUCCAGACCACGGGAUCCAAUACUCCGCCGGUUGAAGAGUUGGGCGUCACUGGCGGCACGGGAGCCUAUGAGUCUGCAAGUGGUCGCGCCAGGGUGACUCUCAUCAGUAGUGCUGCUUCGAAGUCAAUCUUAAAAUGGGAGCUGUACCUUUGCUACCCAACACUCUGCAAGGCAGAUUCCUUGUUGAAUUAGUGCCAAAAACAUAAUUGUCGAUGAGAAUUAGUUCCUUGCAAGCUGCUGCCAAGACUAGAUCUGACCCAAGAGAUCAGUUCUAGUCUACGAGAUAAUCAUUUUGUUCAGCCAGCUGUGCCCUCUGAAUAACUCGGAUCUAUAUUGGGACGCUGUUCCAAGAGCAUUUCUGCAUUAGUUUAUGCUGAUCUUGAUCAACCCCUUGCUCGUGGACUACGAAGUUCUGAAUCCAGGCCCAGACGUGCAUUCGGUUUGCAUCUCAAACUUCUGUUUGCUAGAAAAGAUAAAAUUGCUUUGCCGGUAUUGGUUCAAUAAAGCGGGAGACAUGUGGGUCUG